AAUUGUUGCUAGUUCCAAAUUCUAUAUAUGCUACCGGUUGCUAGUACCUUGAAAAAAAUGAGCAGUUGCAGUGGUCGCAAGUUGGCGGCAGUUGUCAAGGAACUGGAAGCCUUUGCGCCGAUUUCGCUGGCCGAGAAAUGGGACAACGUUGGACUUCUGAUUGAGCCGCACAAGGAGCGGGAUGUGAAGCGAAUACUGCUGACCAACGAUCUCACGGAGCCCGUAAUGAAGGAAGCCCUGCAGAAGCAGGUGGAGAUGAUCAUAAGCUACCAUCCGCCAAUCUUCAAGCCGCUGACCAGAAUCACCCAAUCGAACUGGAAGGAGCGUGUGGUGGCUGCCUGCUUGGCCAACUCCAUAGCCUUGUAUUCGCCACACACAGCAUGGGAUAAGAAGUCCGGCGGCGUCAACGAUUGGCUGGCUCAGGCCGUGGCCAUUGAAAACAUUCGUCCGUUGAUCCCAGAGUUUGGUGCAGAGCCCGGCACUGGUUCGGGUCGGCUGAUCGAGACGAAAAUGGAAGUCUCCCAAUUGGUUGAGGCCCUGCAGCUGCACAUCGAGAACAAUGUGCACCUGGCAUUGGCCGUGGGACAUGAAUCAAAGACUGUUGUGCGCUCUGUGGGCAUCUGUGCGGGCUCGGGUGCUUCAGUGCUGCGCGGCAUCCAGGCCGAUGCCAUCAUCACGGGCGAGAUGUCACAUCACGAAGUGCUGGAUUUCAAUCACAAUGGCACCUCAGUGCUGCUCUGCAAUCACAGCAACUCGGAGCGUGGAUUCCUGCGCGUGUUUGCGCCGAAACUUGGCGAACUCUUGCAGGGAGCCUGUGAGAUACUCGUCUCAGAGAAGGACCAAGACCCGCUGGUCACGGCUGCACCCAAACAGCAAGCUCAACAAUAAAUCCCGUCGGCUAACAAUGCAUUUUCUGGCAUCAAACUUAGUUACAUUACGAAUAAAACGACUAAAUGUUAACGUUUAAACUUGA